UUGUGUUAACACUUAAAGAAUUUGAUGAAUCAUUAACGCUUGACCAUAAACAGCAAUGGAGUGAUAUCUCUCAACACGUUUCAAGAAAUAUUAUGCCAGCAAUCGAUAGGACAUUAAAAGAAAAAAACUUUGUCUACACUAAAUCAGAGUUAAAAUAUGUCUUAUAA